UGAACAACAAAAGUGGACAUCGUUAGCAGCAGUAAUUACGUUUUGAAUUAGCGGCAAGACAACAUUGUAGUACCGCAAAUUAAUAUUUUAUUUGUAAUUUAGCAACAAAGACGUCCCUUCUCUCUUUUCGGGAGUUUGUUAACGAGCGACUAAGUGCUGCUACUGAAGAAAUCGGUGUUUUUGAAAUAAACUAUCAUCCAGUACGAGGAAGAGAUCGAUCGUCAGCGCAGACUGUUGGAUAUCUUUUGGAAACCAGAAAUGAAGUUACACCGGAUAGAGCUACCACAGCAACAUGUCUGUAAGGAGGAGGAGGAGGAGGAGGAGGAGGAGGAGGUCCCUGCUGACCAGCAGCUCUGUAUUCAGGAGAGGAACUCCAGUCUGAAACAAGAGGACCCAGAGCCUCCACAGAUUAAAGAGGAACCAGAGGAACUCGGCAUCAAUCAGGAGGGAGAGCAGCUUGUAGUGAAGCAGGAGACUCCUACUUAUGAGGAAAGUGACCACAGUGAAGAUCAGACUAUGUACUUGAAACCUGAUGACACUUUAAGUGCAGCAGAGGCAGAGUCUGUAUUCAUCAUACCAGUUAUAAUCUCUGAGCUACAUGAAGCAACCAUUGACCACCAGCUCCUCUCUGAUGAUGGCUGCAGGCAUGGAGACUCAGGAUCAACUAGUAAGGCAGAGCCAAAACAACCGAAAAGUCAACAUAAAACCACAAGUCUCGGGAACAAUGUAAGCAGCCCUAACCUGUCAGAGGAUAACUGUGAUACUGACCAAGGUAAAAAGUCUUUCAAAUGUGACACAUGUGGAAAAUAUUUUAAGUUGAAGUAUAAUUUGCAGAGACACCAGAGAAUCCAUACAAAUGAGAAGCCAUAUUCUUGUAAAACUUGUGGAAGAGAUUUCCGUUGUGAUAGUAGCUUUGCCCUCCAUAUGAGAAUUCAUAGAGGUGAGAGGCUGUUUACUUGUAAAGUUUGUGGUAAAGCUUUUGGAGAGGGUUGUAAGUUGACACUUCACAUGAGAACCCACACAGGUGAGAAGCCAUGUGUUUGCAAGACUUGUGGGAAAAGAUUCUCCUGUAUCGCAUCAUGUAACAGACAUAUGAGAAUCCACACAGGUGAAAAGCCUUAUGCUUGCAAUUUCUGCGAGAAAAGAUUUGCUGACAGUUCAAGGUGCAAAAGGCAUAUGAGAAUCCACACAGGUGAGAAGCCGUACGCUUGCAAUACUUGCGAGAAAAGAUUUGCUAGCAGUUCAUCUUUUAAAAAGCAUAUGAGAAUCCACACAGAUGAGAAGCUGUACGCUUGCAAUACUUGCGAGCAAAAAUUUGCUAACAGUUCAUCGUUUAAAAAGCAUUUAAGAAGCCACACAGAUGAGAAGCCGUACGCUUGCAAUACUUGCGAGAAAAGAUUUGCUGACAGUUCAUCAAUUAGUAAGCACAUGAGAAUCCACACAGGUGAGAAGCCGUAUGCUUGCAAUACUUGCGAGAAAAGAUUUAGCGAUAGUUCAAAAUUUAGAAGGCAUUUGAGAACCCACACAGGUGAGAAGCCUUAUGCUUGCAAUACUUGUGAGAAAAGUUUUGUUGACAGUUCAUCAUUAAAAAAGCAUACAAGAAGCCACACAGGUGAGAAACCGUACACUUGCAAUAUUUGUGAGAAAAGAUUUGCUGACAGUUCAACAUGUAAAGUGCAUAUGAGAACCCACACAGGUGAGAAGCCGUACGCUUGCAAUAUUUGCGAGAAAAGAUUUGCUGACAGUUCAGCAUGUAAAGUGCAUAUGAGAAUCCACACGCGUGAGAAGCCGCUUACUUCGUCAGAGUGAUUUCAGACGGAACAAUAAAUUGAUAAUUCGCAUGAGAACCCACAAAUGUGAGAAGCUGUACGUUUGCAUUACUAGUGGGAAAAGAUUUGUUGAACGUUCAGAAUGCAACAGGCAUUAUCCACACAGGCGAGAAGCCGUUCCUUGUAAAAAUUUGUGGGACAUUUUUUGGACGUCAUGAUAACUUGAAAAAUCACAUGAAAUCCCAAACAGGUUAUAAUCAGCAUUCUUGUAAAAAUAUCAGGAAAUGGUUUCAAAAUGAGUCGUGACCUGAAAAUCCACAAGACAAUCCAAAACAGCUGAGAAGCUGUCGACAUGUAAAACGUGGAAGAGCUUUCAGACAGAGUGGUGAAUUGAUCAUCCACAUCACAACCUAACACAGGUGAAAGAUUUUGGAUGUAAUAGUAGUUUGUUGGCCACAUGACAAAAGGCCACACUGGUGAAAUUCUCUUCAAAAGAGAAACCACUGAGCUGAUACUCCAGUAGAAAUAUGUUUGUCAACUGAAUAAAAUUCACCUUUGCAGGAGCUACAUCUCUGUCACUGAAUGUAAAACAUUUUCCACACAGAUUAGAUUUGAAAAUUUCAAGUUCCCUUAAUAUGACUGGAUUAAAAUAAUGACAUGAUCCUGAUUGUUGGUUUUGCCUAAUGUCCAUUUAUGAAAUAUGUCUGAAUAAGUUUUAGACAGACUUAAAAUCUAGUAUGCAAUAGUUCUAUAAUAACUCUCUAAAAUGUUCACAAAAAGUCAGAUUUUACAUUUGAGGUUGGCUGGCUUCUGUUUUAUAUUACCUCAAAAGACAUCAAAUUGAACGUAGAUGUGCCUUCUUGCUUUUUUUUUUUUCUUCUUUAGCAAAUAACCUCAUUAUAUACCUGGCCACAUUUUUGGAAUAUCCUUUAAAUUACAUGUGCUGUAUUCUGAUGUCAAUGGUGUUACAGCCCGCCUCUGCAACCAACAAAGACCAGAUGAGUGACGAAAAAAUAAAUGAGCAUUUUUUUAAA